AUGCGCGGUUCGUGGAGGACACCGCUCUGGCUGUCGCUGGUCGCGCGCCAUGCAUGCGCAUUUCCGGUCGAGGACGGCAGCAAACUGCUGCGCCGUGGUGACGGGGAUCUCUGCUACCUGAAUAACCAGAAGAUUGCCAAGGUCGAUGACCGGUUGUACUUCAUGGGCGGCGAUUAUCACUUCGACGGCGAUGCCGAUGGCGAGACCUUCUCGAGCGACAGUCUUUACUACUUCGACCUCAGCGGAAACACAGACAUCCAGGCGGAUACCAUAAUAUCGUCAAGUUCUCUCAACAAGAUAUCCGUGCCCUUCGACACCACCCCGACUCUCGAGAACCAGACCCACGCCCAGGGUGGUGCUCUCUUCUCCACACUUGACUCCUUCUACGUCUUCGCCGGCCUGGGCGAGGGCUCCACCACCGAGAACAACGUCCUCGCCGCGUACAACCGGACGAGCAGCCAGUGGUCGAGCCACACCGUGUCCGGCGGCAACUACAACAAGCUCAACCGCCUCUUCCCGGGUACCGCCAGCAUCCCCAGCACCGGCCUGUCGUUCUUCAGCGGCGGCGGCUCCUCCGGGACCAACAAGCCCGGCCAGCCCACCGGCAUGCUGCGCUUCGACGCCUCGAACCCGAACGCGCUGACCUGGCGCAACGAGACGGCCGAAAGCAGCUCGGGCGUCUCCGUGCCCGCGCGCGUCGGCGGAAACAUGGUGUACGUGCCCAUGGGCGAGCAGGGCGUGAUCCUGCUCUGGGGAGGGUACAAUGGUACCGAGGUUAAUAAUCAGACUGGGCUUCCAGCCUUCUCGUACCAGCUCAUCGACAACCGGAGGAUAUAUGUGUACGACAUCGCCAGUGCGAGCUGGAACAUUGUUUACGCACAGGGCGAUGACAUCCCCGGAAGAAGAUCGGAGACGUGCGCCGUCGUCUCUGCGGCGCCGGAUUACUCCUCGUUCAACAUUGCCAUGUACGGUGGCUGGAACCUUUACGACGGCGAGGCGUACUCGGAAACAUGGGUGCUCAGCGUCCCGAGCUUCAGGUGGAUCAAGAUGGAGAGCGCCAAUUACACGGGCUCCAACACAGAGGCGCUGCAGGGCAACAAGCAGGGCCGCCACCAGCACCACUGCGCGGUGCACAACGACGCGCAGAUGAUCGUGCUGGGCGGGCUCAUCAACAAGAACGGCACCGACCAGGCCCACGUAUGCGACUCGCAGCUGCCGCCGCUGCGCAUCUUGAAUCUGGCCACGAUGACUUGGCAGAAGAGCUUCGAUGCUAGUGCAGAGUAUAGCGUGCCCGAGGACGUGUACGCCGUUAUUGGUGGCGACGGCUCCGGCAACGCCAAACUCACCCAACCCGACGGCGGCUUCAACGACACCUCCGUCGCCCGCAUCUUCGCCACCACCGUGGCCCGCGCCUCCGACUCAACCGCUUCCGCCACCUCGACGGCCACCGGUUCCUCAUCCUCAUCCUCAUCCGACGAUUCCGCCAAACACACCGCCAUCGUCGGCGGCAUUGUAGGCGGCGUCGUCGGCGGCGUCGCGGGCCUCGCUGCCAUCGUGACCAUCGCCUGGCUUGUGCUCAGGCAUAAGAGGAAGAACAGGGAAGGCGCGAUGAUGGCUGUGCCGCAGCAUGACGGCACGACCCCGCUCGCUGGUUCGCCUGGGCAGCAUCAGGGCGGGAGCGGGGAGUAUGCGAUGGGAGCGUAUGGCGGUGGUGCGGAACACUACGGGGGGCAGACGGACGCGGAGAAGAGGCCGGCGGAGUUGGAUCCGGGGACGGGGUUGAUGGAGGCGGAUGGGGCGCAUGAGAGGCCGGUGGUGAGGGAGGUGGAGGGGAGAAUGGUGGCGGAAAUGGAGGGAGAUGGGCCGAAGGAUGUGUAUAGGCGGUCGUGA